GCUUUUUAUCUUCUUUACGGUCCGAAUCCCCUCUUUUUUCGUUUUCUUCUUCUACAAUUAUUCUACAAUUAAACACUGAUCGGUUGAUAGGUCAAACGCGACAAGAUUGGCUCGGAAAAUUCGUCGGAAAACGAGAGGGAAAGUGAGAAAAUCUGGGAAAGAAGGAAAAUGCACUCGUUAAACCUCAAGGUUCUUGCAGAUUUCAAUGCGGGAACCACAAGGUGUAGGCCGCCUGGUCGAUUGAGCUUUGGAGUUGCAGAUUUCGAGGCCGGUACGAGGAGGCAAUGGUUGAAUUGCAGAAGUUGGGGGAAGACGAGUAGGAUCGUUGCCUGUUCGUCGGAGAGAAGUGGUGGUGCGGAGAGUCAGCAGAGUUCGAGUUCAUAUCUUUCUCGUAGCCAAACCUAUGCUAUGUUGAAGCAGCAAAUGGAAGUUGCUGCAAAAUCUGAGGACUACAAGGAGGCAGCAAGAAUUCGUGAUUCAUUGAAAUUAUUUGAGGAAGAGGAGCCGAUUUUGCGUCUUCGGAGAUUGCUGAAAGAGGCCAUUGCUGACGAAAGGUUUGAGGAUGCAGUUAGGAUCCGUGAUGAAAUGAAGGAUAUUGCUCCGCACUCUCUCUUGAAAUGUUUGAGCGAUGCAACAACCUUGGGGGUCAGGGUUCAAGUGAGGAGUGUGUACAUUGAAGGUCGAAGUCAGCCUUCGAAAGGCCAGUACUUUUUUGCUUAUAGAAUAAGAAUUACCAAUAACUCAGACCGGCCUGUUCAACUUCUCAGAAGGCACUGGAUUAUCACUGACGGAAAUGGGAGAACUGAAAAUGUUUGGGGAAUCGGAGUUAUAGGUGAACAGCCGGUUAUACUUCCCAACACUGGUUUUGAGUACUCAUCUGCAUGCCCAUUAAGCACUCCCAGUGGGAGAAUGGAGGGUGACUUUGAGAUGAAACAUAUUGAUAAAGUAGGAUCACAGACAUUCAAUGUGGCUAUUGCCCCCUUUUCUCUCUCCACAUACGAAGAUGGCACUGAUACAUUUUGAGUCCUGAAUUGUGGCACUGCUUAAGAGAGAUGGAAAAUGCAUUGUCAAAAUGUACGAAGCUUCUAUCAAAGCAAGAGAGCAAAAAGCUGUAAUUUAGUGUCAGAGAAGUUGACAUAUAUAGAGAUGUAAAGUUUCUUUUUUAUUUUUUAUUUUUUAUUUUUAUAAAUAUAGGAUAAGAAUUCAAUGUAGUUGUAUUUGUGUGUCAUUGUGGAACUUCAUUGUCGAUAUUAUGUAUUGCCAUCUACGAAAGAAUUCAGUGUCUAGACUCUAGAGAUGAAUGUAUAUAUACAUCACGACAGUAUCAAAUGAAACUAUGUUGACCUUUACUGAA